AUGAACUGGAACCUCAUGACUCAACUUGGGACCAUUGUCAUUUUGAAGGCGAUAGCAUCUUCUCUGUUUCUGAUGUAUUCUUCACAGAUUUUCUAUACUCCUGUUCUGCGAGAAGAACCCACCAGCAUCACUAAAGGCUGCUCUGUCAGCUGGUCAUUCUUCAAUGGCAAAUGCUACUACUUUUCUACCAGAUCACAAACAUGGGAUGAGAGCCUGGUGACCUGUGCUGAAUUUGAUUCUCAUCUCGCAGUUGUCAAUGGCAAAGAAGAAUUGAUGUUCCUGAAGAACAGAACUCAACACGAAAGGCAUUUUAUCAUCACGAGUCAGAGAGAUGCAGAAUUUGAUUCCAGCCCAAGAAGUUUUUCAUGUGUUGUGGUUGGAUUCAAUUCCGUUGAUUCAGCAUCUUGCACUACACGACACCGCUGCAUUUGUGAGAAGAAUGCCUAA